AUGAGCUCGGAUAACUUCCCCCUUCUAGAUAUACCGGAGCUGGUUACAUGCUUGCAGGAGUGUGAUUUCUCACUUGCAACUAUCCAAAAUGUGGAGAGGCCAUCCUCGCAGUUCGUUAUCACCCUCUACAAGCAAAUUAUAGACACGUUCAUGGGCGUGUCGCCCGACUCGCUACUUGAAGACUCUAGAAACUUUGUGGAAAAUGGAGAUACAAGCGAGCAGGAGGUAUACGAUGCUAGUCUAGUAUACCAUGACACGUUAAAAAUCCUCGCGUUAAACAAGAUAUGUUAUAAGUUCUUCCUGGACAUUGGAGUUUCUGAUUUUAACGUUAUGGAUCUUUAUAAACCUGAUCCUCAUCGUACGCGGCGCUUCCUUUCUGCUGUUGCAAACUAUGCCCGUUUUCGUGAAGAAGCCAUGCUCGAACUCGAUGGAGAUCAACACCCUGAUGGUGUUAGAUAUUUGGAACAGACAGACAAGUUAUUGAAAGAACUUCGGCUCAAGUUUGACGCCAACAACCUCCUGCAUUCACGUGUUCAGAAAUACAAAGAGUUCCAGAAGUCUGAUGACCUUGAAGCUUUGGAAAGUGAUAACAAAAACAUGGAGUCUGAACUAAGGCAUUUGAACCAGGUACAAGAAACACUAACCGUUGACUACGAGCGGUAUAAAGCCGAGAAGCAGAGGCACUUAUCUGAACUAGAAACUUUGGGCUAUGAACUAAUUGAAUUGGAGUCCGAAAGAGAUAAGCUAAGGAAAUACUCACAGACUGAUGCGGAAGUGCUACGAAAAGGUGUUCGUGAACUAUCUCUGCUUUUGGAACAGCAACAAGUGCAACUGGAAAAAUUAGAGCAAAAGCAAAAGAAUCUACAGAUUUCAUUUGAGACGUUCCAGGCUUCGACUCAAGAGCUGUAUGAAGUAUUACAGAUAGUGUCUACAGACCUACAGGAUUCCCAUCUAAAAGAAAGUACCUUAUUGGAUGCUAAACACAAGCUGAUGCAAAACCAUAAGAAUCUCAACAACCUUCUAUCUGCUGGUAUAAUGGCGAAGAUAACGUUAUUACAGGAACAGCUUGAUUCUCAAAAACGUAAACUAGCGGAAUUGGAACUAAAUACACAGGCAAAGGAAAGCGAAAAUAGCGCGACUUUAAAAAGACUAAGAAAGCAGCACACAGAUGAUGUCUUGCCGGAGGUACGAAAUAUCGAGCAGCGUUAUAAAACCAAAGUCGCAGAUACAAUUACAAAUUAUGAGUCUCAAAUGCGAAACAUCAAAGUUGAUUUUGACAACGAAGUUGCUCUUAUAGAAAACGAGUGUUCAUUGCUAUUCAACCACAUUAAAAAUUACAUGACUACCAUCGGAGAAAAGCUUGGUUGA